CGCAUUACACCAGAGAGUGAGAGGCAGAGAGUACAACCAUUGUUUUCGAACAAAAACUGGAAACUUCCUUCAAGAAUCGAUCGUUUCGUCGGGAAAUUCAAACUCAAACUGUGGACUCACCGGUACCGGAAGAUGCCAGUGACGGAGAGAGAGCGGCCGCUGUUGGCGACGGAGGAGAGAGCUUACGAGGAGGCGGAGAAAGUGCUCGUAGUCGGGGUCGACGAGGACCAUGACGCUGACUACGAGCUCAGCGGCUCGCCCCGGUUCUCGUGGCGGAAGCUCUGGCUCUUCACCGGACCCGGGUUCCUCAUGAGCAUCGCCUUCCUCGACCCGGGAAAUCUCGAGAGCGAUCUCCAGGCCGGAGCCAUCGGCGGGGGCUCUCUCCUGUGGCNNGUGAUGUGGGCGACGGCGAUUGGGUUGUUCGUCCAGCUCCUAUCGGCUCGUCUCGGGGUCGCCACGGGCCGACAUCUGGCGGAGCUCUGUCGGGAGGAGUACCCUACGUGGGCGAGGAUGGUUCUGUGGAUCAUGGCGGAGGUUGCUCUGAUCGGCGCCGAUAUACAGGAGGUUAUCGGAAGUGCCAUAGCCAUCAAGAUUUUGUCUAAUGGGUUUAUCCCUCUCUGGGCUGGAGUUGUCAUCACAGCUCUCGAUUGUUUCAUCUUUCUGUUCCUGGAGAACUACGGCAUAAGGAAACUAGAGGCUGUGUUUGCUGUCCUAAUUGCAAUUAUGGCAAUUUCUUUUGCUUGGAUGUUUGGUGAAACAAAGCCAAGUGGAACAGAACUCCUUGUCGGAGUCCUGGUCCCAAAGCUCAGCUCAAGAACAAUAAAACAAGCUGUGGGUAUCGUAGGAUGCAUUAUCAUGCCUCACAAUGUGUUCUUGCAUUCCGCACUCGUGCAGUCCCGGGAAAUUGACCCGAAAAAGACGUAUCGGGUCAAAGAAGCGCUCAUGUACUACACCCUCGAAUCAACCGGCGCCCUCGUAGUUUCGUUUAUAAUAAACGUCUUUGUGACCACAGUGUUUGCGAAAUCGUUCUUCGGGACAGAAAUAGCAGAGAGUAUUGGACUUGUCAAUGCAGGGCAAUACCUACAAGACAAAUAUGGGGGUGGGGUUUUUCCGAUACUCUAUAUAUGGGCCAUCGGGGUGUUAGCCGCGGGUCAGAGUAGUACUAUCACCGGUACUUAUGCGGGGCAGUUCAUAAUGGGAGGAUUUCUGAACCUCAGGCUGAAGAAAUGGUUAAGGGCCUUAAUAACACGGAGCUUUGCGAUUGUCCCGACCAUGAUAGUGGCCCUUGUUUUCGACUCGUCAGAAUCUUUGCUUGAUGAGAUGAACGAAUGGCUGAAUGUUCUGCAAUCUGUUCAGAUACCCUUUGCUCUUAUUCCCCUCCUUUGCUUGGUCUCUAAGGAGCAAAUCAUGGGCAGUUUCCGAAUCAAACCCUUUGUCCAGGCGGUAGCCUGGAUUGUGGCAGCGCUGGUGAUAGCCAUUAACGGGUAUCUUCUAGUGGAUUUCUUCUCAGGAGCUGUAACGGGCGUGGCAUUUCUUACAGUGGUAGUCAUCGUCACCAUUGCGUAUGUCGUGUUCGUGCUUUACCUCAUCUCACACGGCGUAUCCUUCACUCCAUGGCGCCUGGUUGCUCCAUCAUCUAAACAAACACUGACAGAUGCCGUCGAAUAAUCUGCCUGCCCAUACAUCUGUAGUAGUGGAAUUAGUCUUCCAAUCUUUCAGGAGGCAUGUCUGAAGAGUGAUGGAUUGGUCGGAGGAACAACAGACAAAGUUGUUUCCAGAUGUUGUUGUCAUGUUCCUUGUUGUCCAAGGAAUUGCAGCCAACCGCUUCAAAAGAAAAUUGGAGGCAUGAUGUUGUAGGAAUAUCUUCCUAUUUCGGCUUCUAUGAUAAUGUAAGAACGAAUUUUCCAUGUAGAAUAAUUAUCAAUCAGUGGAUGGAAAAAUACGUGUUUCAUAGUCAUAAUCUCAUUAUCAUUCAAGACA